CCUGGGCAGGAACUCCAAAGGAUCAAUGAAGGGUGGUCCUUAAAUACGUGCCCUCUUGGCUCUUGUCAUUCCAGGAGCCCCAGUUACCAGGAGAGGCUGUGUCAAAGGCGCUCCCUGUCCCCGGGCACCAUGAGCCAGAUCAGCGAGACCGUGAGGCGCGCCCGCGCCGCCUUCAACUCGGGCCGGACCCGCCCGCUGCAGUUCCGGAUCCAGCAGCUGGAGGCGCUGCGGCGCAUGAUCCAGGAGCGCGAGCAGGAGCUGGCGGGCGCGCUGGCCGCGGACCUGCACAAGAAUGAGUGGACUGCCUACUAUGAGGAGGUGGUGUAUGUCCUGGAGGAGAUCGAUUACAUGAUCCAGAAGCUCCCCGAGUGGGCCUCGGACAAGCCUGUGGAGAAGACGCCCCAGACUCAGCAGGACGAGCUCUACAUCCACUCGGAGCCGCUAGGUGUGGUCCUGGUCAUCGGCACCUGGAACUACCCCUUCAACCUCACCAUCCAGCCCAUGGUGGGUGCCAUCGCUGCAGGGAACGCGGUGGUCCUCAAGCCCUCGGAGCUGAGUGAGAACAUGGCGAGCCUGCUGGCUACCAUCAUCCCCCAGUACCUGGACAAGGAUCUGUACCCAGUAAUCAACGGGGGUGUCCCUGAGACCACGGAGCUGCUCAAGGAGAGGUUCGACCACAUCCUGUACACAGGCAGCACAGGGGUGGGGAAGAUCGUCAUGACGGCCGCUGCCAAGCACCUGACCCCUGUCACACUGGAGCUGGGAGGGAAGAGUCCCUGCUACGUGGACAAGAACUGCGACCUGGAUGUGGCUUGCCGACGCAUCGCCUGGGGGAAAUACAUGAACAGCGGCCAGACCUGUGUGGCUCCUGACUACAUCCUCUGUGACCCCUCAAUCCAGAACCAAAUCGUGGAGAAGCUCAAGAAGUCACUGAAAGAGUUCUAUGGGGAAGAUGCCAAGAAAUCCCGGGACUAUGGAAGAAUCAUUAGUGCCCGGCACUUCCAGAGGGUGAUGGGCCUGAUUGAGGGCCAGAAGGUGGCUUACGGGGGCACCGGGGAUGCGGCCUCCCGCUACAUAGCGCCCACCAUCCUCACGGACGUGGACCCCCAGUCCCCAGUGAUGCAAGAGGAGAUCUUCGGGCCUGUGAUGCCCAUUGUGUGCGUGCGCAGCCUAGAGGACGCCAUCCAGUUCAUCAACCAGCGUGAGAAGCCCCUGGCCCUCUACGUGUUCUCCAGCAAUGACAAGGUGAUUAAGAAGAUGAUUGCAGAGACAUCCAGCGGCGGGGUGACGGCCAAUGAUGUCAUUGUCCACAUCACCUUGCACUCUCUGCCCUUUGGGGGCGUGGGGAACAGUGGCAUGGGGUCCUACCACGGCAAGAAGAGUUUUGAGACCUUCUCUCACCGCCGCUCUUGCCUGGUGAGGUCUCUGAUGAAUGAUGAAUCCUUGAAAGUCAGAUACCCCCCAAGCCCAGCCAAGAUGACCCGGCACUGAGGAGGGGCUGCUCCACCUGGCCUGGCCACACUGUGCCCCAUCGGAGUGCGGACCGCCCUUGCUGCCUCUCCUGGCCCUGGGAGAAUCAAUCCUGCAGCCCCAGCCCUGCCCUGGUCCUCUGCUGUCCUGCUAACCUGCGCAUACCCCUCUCCCACGUGGGUCCGGGCCUCACCAUCCCAAGUCCCCACCCCUUGCUAGAUCAAUAAAGAGACCAAUACAAUUUUCUAACUCAGCAAA